UGGUCCUUCAUUUUGUUUGCGCAAAAUAUAAUAUCUUAUUUUUAUCUUUAUGUUUUGGACAUGUUAUUGUUUAUUUCCAUGAAAUUCAUCCUAAUAUGUAAGCCACCGUGUGCAGAGGACACUGUGUGUGUGUGUGUGUGUGUGUGUGUGUGUGUGUGUGUGUGUGAGAGAGCGAGUUUUACAUUUUGUGAGCGCAGAAAGUGAAAUCACGCUGAAUGAGUGUCAGCUGACUUUGGUCACAGGACUUUAGGGAGAGCAUCACAAAAACCACAUGCGAUCAUUCAGAUUUUAGAGGCACUAACCCACUGUAACCACCUCUGAUCUAUCUCUUUAUAUUUCUGUGUUUGUGAACAUUAAUUUGUGUGUGACUAAUUGAGCUUCACCAGACGAUGUUGAUGUCCAUUUGAUUUGGCGAUGCCGAGUCUCAGCUGACCUGAUGUCCCCUUAUUUCUGUUUGCAUGAGGGCGUUCUGAGUCUUGUUUGUUCAGUUUUGAUGUGCGUAUAACUAUGUAUAACUUUCUGUCUGUCGUAUGUUGUAUACUGAUUGUUCUUGAUGCUGGUGAUCUCUGUGAGUGAAUGUCUGUAUGUGAGGGAGGCAGCAUGUGGUGGUUUCAGCGGGGUCUUUGUGCUCUCCCGGUGGCUCUGGUUAUCUGGUCAUCUGCUACAUUCCUCGUCUCUUAUGCCACAGCAGUCGCGUUGGGCCAUGCCGACCUACUCGUUCCAUACAUAAGUGACACGGGCACUGAGGUUCCCGAACGCUGUGUGUUUGGCUUCAUGCUGUCGAUCUCAGCUUUCUUAGGGUUGGGCACCAUGUAUGUUCGACAUAAACAAGUUCAGGCUUUGAUUUCAGCCUCUGAGUCGGGCUUACAGCUGCUGAACUAUACAGGCCUCAUGAUGGGAAUCGCCAGCACUGUCGGGAUGUGUGUUGUGGCCAACUUUCAGAAAACAGAUAUGACAUCCAUCCACCUUUUGGGAGCAGGCCUGACCUUUGGUCCUGGGACGUUGUAUAUCCUGGUCCAGACGGGCAUGUCGUAUCGCAUGCAGCCGCGUUUCCACGGCAGGGAUAUUCUGUGGGCGCGUAUGGCUGUGGGAAUGUGGUCGCUCAUUAGCAUCAUUACACUUUUCAUAUCCUCUGUGUUAAUGUAUGAUGACCUGCCUGGCGUGGAUGUAGCUAAUAAGUUACACUGGCAGCCCGGAGAGAGAGGUUUUCUAGCACACCAGGUCAGCGCUGCAGCUGAGUGGUCUCUGGCAUUCUCCUUCAUCUGCUUCUUCCUCACGUACAUACGUGAUUUCCAGAAAAUCACUCUGCGGGUUCAACCUGUUCUUCAGAGUAACCAUCUCUACGACUAUCCUCACUAUGAAGAGAGAGAGCACAUGCAGCAUGGAGAACGCUCACCUCUGCUGGCUGGUGCCAUGUGAGAGACAUUGCCACUGUGUGUCUGACA